CUUCUACCCACCAGAUAGCCUAUCCGGAGGUGGAGCCUCUGGUACCUCCGCAAGUAGUGAGACGAGCAGCGCCUCUUCGUGGAACGCAACGGCCGAGGCGCUGUUGCAUACGAUGGAUUGUCGCGACAGACGAGAAGUGACAGCCCUUUUUAUGACAGACGAGGAACGUGGGAAGCGCAUGCGGUCUGGAUGGACUCCGGC